AGAACCGCCAUCACUGCGCGCAGGAGCAAGGCACCAUGACCCACAACUGUUCCACGAAGAUGUUGGAGAGUGCUAGCAAAACCCUGAACCGCUACCAGGAGGAUUACCUGUGGCCUGUGCUAGUGGUAGAGUUCCUCAUGGCCGUGGGGGGAAACAGCCUGGUCCUGUACCGUUUCAGCUCCCGAGAGCAGCGCCCAUGGCAUCCGGCCAUCGUCUUCUCCGCUCAGCUGGCGAAUGGCUCAGAGGCACGCUGUGAUGCCAAUCAGUCUGAGGGCUGUAUUAAGUGCCUGGGAACAGCUAGAGACGACCAUCUGACAGAGUACUGGGGCUACAGUCUGGUGUUGGCGGUGCUGGGCUGUGGCCUGCCCUUCCUGCUCACUCUCCUGGCUUAUGGGGCCAUUGGCCGGGCCAUCUUGAUCAACCCCAAUAUAACAAGGCCAGAGAAACUCAAGGUGGGAGUGCUAGUGGUGGGUGGGGUAGUCCUCUAUGCCAUGUCCUACAUCCCAUACCACAUCAUGCACGUCCUUAACGUCCGGGCACGCCAGCGCUGGCUGGACGACUGCCCCACUUUCUCAAAUGAGUCCCAGGCUGUGGCUGCUCUGAACAUUGGUCUGUACCUGGGCUACCAAGCAAGCAGGGUGCUUGUGCCUCUAGCCGUGUGCCUCCACCCACUGCUCUAUACUGCCGUGGCCUCGAGCCUCCGAUGUACAAGACCAUGUGGGAGACCCAAGGGUGGGGACAUGUCCCUGAGCCAGAUAAGUCCCAUGGAAUCUUGACCACUAACAGGAUGCAGCCCAACAUGCUGGGUGGAGCUUUGUUAAGACAUUCAGCUAUUUGAGACCAGCAGUGAGCCCAUGACUACCUAGGGGAGAAGGGUGAUGAGGAAGGGGGGGUGCAAGGAAAGACCAGUUCCCUCCUUUCCCUCAAACCACUGUGCUAGACCAAUGGAAGAAUUAAGGGACCAAAGGUAGAAACCUCGAGGGACCUUUGACUCUCCUGUUCCCUUGCUCCUUGCUAACUCAUCUCCCAGACCUGGCUUUUCUUUCCAAUCCAUCCUAGGCAGCUUGCCAGCAUAGUGCUAUCAUCCCCCCCAGUCAAAAAUCAGUGGCUACUGCCUCCAAAAUGAACCCCUCAGGAAGGCUCCAAAACGUUCCUGCCCAUAAUUCUCCCUACUCUCAGCAUUCUAGUCCUAUCCAAACUGGAUUGAAGUUCCUUGCACCUGACAGCCAUUUCCUACCUCCCUACAUUUGUGUAGGUCAUUUGUUAGGCCUAGAACAUGCUCAUUUAUUUGCUCAGGCGCCAAAUCCACACAGUAAUUAAUCUCCAACAUCCCUCCCACCUCUGAAAACAUUCUCAAAUUUUCCUUUAACAUUUCUCUCUCCUUUGCUGGGAUCUUGCAUCAUGCUUUUCUGCGCAUGUGCCAUUCUGCCUCCCAACCUCUAAGUCCCUAGAGGGUGAAGGCUGUCACCGCUUAUCUCUGAAUACUGAGCCGCUAACAGUGUCUAAAAAUAACUGUCUGUGGUUCAAAGACAAUAGAAAGCUCAUUUUUGCAAAAAUAUUGAUAGCAGUACUUUUUGUAGUCACAAAGAACUGGAACGAACGUGGAUGCCCAUUAACUACGGAACGGAUGAACAGAACACAGGGUGUGGACAUAAUGGAAACCCUAACAAGUGACAAAUGUGAAGAAUUCAGAGAAAUAAGGGAACCUAAGACCAUGUGUGUAGAGCCAGCAGGGACAGCAGAGAUCUCAGCCUCCAUCGCCACCUUCUGUUUUCAGAGGCUAACUCUGAGACCUAAAGAGAUCGAGUGGUUUGCCUAUGAGCACAAGGCAUUAAAUGGCAGAGCCAGAUGUGACUAAUGCAAAGGAAGCAAAAUCAGAAUAAUUCACAAAAUUAUUUCAGUGUUAAGGAAAAACUUCCUGACUAAUCAAUACUGAAGUGUCUGUCUGUCCAUCCAUUCUCAGUGGAGCCUUCCCUCCUCUUGGCCAACGUGGACAAUGGGUGUGGAACAGAACAUGCAUGUUCAGACAUGGGUCUACACGUUGUUUCUGUCUGUCUGUCUGCACUUCUCUAUAAGGAGGGAGGAUUCUGAUAUGGGGAAGAGUGAAGUGAAAUGACCACUUCAUGAAGAAGUGAGUGUAAAUAGAAUUUUUA